AUGCGACCAGAAGAGAUUGAGAGCAUAUUGAUGCGGUUAAAAAAUGGUGAAAUUUCGGAAGACGAUUCCACCGACAAUGAAGAUGACAUAGACUAUUAUUCGAGCCAAAGAGAUCGCCUGAUGGAGCUAGAAGAUGAAGAGGAUGUAGGUAAUUUUCCCACUGACCUAAACUUGGAUGCAGAUCUGCCUGUAGCAAUCGUAGAUACCGACAUGCAACAUAAUUUAGAGACUGUUGAACGAAGCCCAACUCCUACAACCAGCAGCCAGAAUAACCCGCAAACUGCACCUAUCAACUCUAGAAGCUUAGUGUGGAGAGUAAAGAAUAUGGACAUAGUCCAAAAUGCUUUCCAGUUUGCUGGAAACACUGAGUAUUCACAAGAAAUUAUGAACUUAGACACUCCUUUUCAGUUUUUUUCUUAUUUUUUCGGUGAAGAAAUUUUAAGAUUUCUAGUGGACGAGUCAAAUAAAUAUGCCUUCCAAAAGAAUCCCAACUUUACAGAACCUGUAACUGUCUUAGAAUUACGCAAAUUUAUUGGAAUUCUUAUUUUUACUAGUGUAUAUCAUUAUCCCAGUGUCAGGUCAUACUGGUCAAACAUUACAAAAUUUGAACCCAUAGCACAAACAAUGAAUCGCAACAGAUUUGAUAACAUUCGACAAAUUUUUCACAUGAAUGAUGACUCUAAACAUUUGCCCAUUGAUCAUCCCCAGCACGACCGACUGCAUAAAGUAAGACCAGUGAUAGACUAUUUGAACAAGAAAUUUAUUACUGUCUGUGUCUAUCACUAG